CAACAUAAUUCUUGACCUUUUGGUUUGUUAUCAUCAAUAUGCUGAAGGAUCAUCGUACGAUGUAGAUGAAGAUGUAGAGUAAUUAUGCCCAGGUUUAACUCUAAAAACUAGCGAUGAUUAUUUAUAUAUUAGGUUCGAUUUCUGCUAUAUUUCUUAUAAAAUGGUUGACAGGAAAAGAUCCACCGCCAGAGUGUGGCAUUUAUAACCAGAAAAACAAAUGGUAUUUCGUGAAGUUUUGGUUUCUGAGGUUUAUGCUGUACUUGAGAAAAAGACGAAAUCAAAAUGCAAAAGUUGCAUCAGAAAGUAAUGCAGGCUAUGGAAUGAGAUCAAGAAAUUCACCAGAAGAUAUGGAAAAAGCACAAACUUUGCCCAACGACAAACCUCUUGCAGUUGAUGCUGUUUAUUUCAACGGUGGUAAUAAAGAAGGACAGUUUUUGGUAGCAGCUACAGCACGCAGACAGAAUAAUAUUGUCCAGACUAUACUUUAUCUAAGGAUACCAGAUAUUGGCUUUCUCGAGAUACCUUCCUUGCCAGAUACACGGUUACAAGGAACAGAGAAGAAUGCUUUUGCUGCUGGUGGUCUAAAAUUUGAUGUUGUGGAGCCAAUGAAAAAAUGGAAAUUAUCAUACAAUGGCAAAAUGAGAAAUAGGACAACAGAUAAAUUAGUGGAUGUAACAUUUGACCUUGAAUGGGUAGCCUUUACAAAGUAUUUUGACUUUGAUACUGACCUCCAUCCUGAUGCUAUGGCUGAUGCUAUUGCCAGAGAAAAAUGGUCAAGAAAAUAUUUUGAUGUAUUGAAAAGUGUUCACCAGACUCAUUAUGAACAAUUUGGAGAGAUUUCAGGAACAGUUAAUAUAUCUGGUGAAGAGAAGUUUAUUAAAGUAGAUGGUGUUCGUGAUCAUUCUUAUGGUAAUAUAAGAGACUGGAAGUACUUCCAUAGAUAUGCUUUACAGUAUUGUACCUUAGAAGAUAGGACUGCUAUUUGUGUUGGGACCAUCUGCAUGCCAAUUACCAUGUCUAGAUUAUUAGUUGGUUAUGUUUUGCAUCCUGAUGGUAAAAUGGAUUCUGUUUCUUGGUGCGAUUUUGAAUUCUACGACUAUGGAGAAGAUGGCAAACCUCCAAAGGAAAUGACUCUAAAAUUUACUGCAGGUGAUAAAACAUAUAAUAUGAAGAUAACAGUUCUUGAAGCACCAAUAUUUUAUAUAGGAGAAGGUAGAGAUGCUAAAAUACAUGAAAGAUUUAGUACAUAUGAUGUGAAUGGACAGAAAGGAUGGGGUAUAAGUGAAUGGGAUUACAGGAACAAAGAAAGUUGAUGUUAGUUGAUCUUAGAAGAUGUAAUUUCUUAUGAAACAAAACUGUGAUCAAUGAAAAGAAAGUAUUAACCAUGAAAGAGACAAUACAUGUACUGAUAAGAUUCAAUAUUUGUAGUUUUUAAAUAACUGUCCAUUACAUGUUGUAGAAUUAUAUACUAUGCAUUGAUUUAUCUGAAUACAAUAUUGUUUAAACUAUAAAUUUAUAUUAACUGAAAUAUAGAUCCAAAUACUAUUCAUUUAAAAGAAAUUGGACAAAUUAGCUAUGAAUACAGUGGGAAUAAUUCAUCAUAGAUACCAGGAUUGAAAUUUUGUAGUUGCGCAGAUGCACGUUUUGUCUGCAAAGACUCAACAGUGACGCUCAAAUCCAAAAAAGUUAGUUAGGGCAAAUAAAUUAAUGAAUUAGUAUGAAGUUGAAGAGCAUUGAGGUCAAAGACCAAAAAUUCUUCAAAGUUCUGCCAAAUACAGCUAAGGUAAUCUAUUCUCGAAGUAGAAAAGUUUUAGUAUUUCAAAAAUUUAAGUUUUAAAUAUAUAUCUUUACUGUAGUUCAUUAAAGUAUGAAUGUCA